UGCUGUCUGCAGACACCAUAGGGGAGCAACGCCCGGAGUCAAUGGGCAGGGAGUUGAGUAAAGCUCUGCUGAUUCACAGCUGAUAGGGAGCUGGUUUAUCGGCUGCCCAAAGUCACUUGUGUGAGACAUUUUGGUUCCACUCUUUGGGAAGAGUAGCACUAAGAGCAAGAGCUGUGUGCAAACAGGAUGCAGAGCAAGGGGCAGAGGCUUAGCCCUGGCACUCCCAGCUGCGGGGGGACACUGGGGUGAAGCAAAGCCUUCAGGCAUUUCUUCUCCUUGCCAGGCGGCACAGUCAGUGCCAAACAUGUGGCAGCGCUGCUGGGAGGGUGGAAAACCUUUGCAAGGGCCUAAUGCUGAUUCUGCUGUGGUACAUGGCAGAACUCCCUCAGUGGCUGCUGGGGCAGCUCGCACCCCACCGGCACAGAGCGGCUGCAGGAGCUCUUAAACCUCCAACAGCUCCCUUGCAGCAUAGGAAGUUAUCUAACAGACUAACAAAGGGGUUGUUAAUAACAAGAGAGCUGGGAGGUGGGAAAUUAAUUCCCAGAAUAAACCGGAUUAUUGCUCUGUGUUUAUUUCCAGAUCUUUGCUUCAGUUGCUGCACAGAGUUCAUUCCUCCACGGCGCUGCACAGAGCCCAUUGCAAGGAAUGUUAAUGCCACAGAUUAAAUCCUAAAUAAGAUAUAUUUACGUAAAUAUUUUGGCUUGCUGUAAAAAGGGAAUCAGGGAAGCCUUCACAAAAAUCCAGCUUUUAACUCAGUCAGCCGCUCUUUCUGAAGUGAGCCCCAGGCCGAAUACAAGGAUUUUAUUUUUUUCCAACAGAAAUUUAAGCCAAAGCAUAUCCUGGUUGCUGGGUGGGAAGGUCCUUUUCCUCUCCUCACUGUCAACCUUCACAUUCCUGCUCUUCGUAUUCCACAGGAGCAUCUCUGUGGCUCUCCACGUGGAGGGAAGCAGAGAUGAGCAGCCCCAUGCAGGAAGAGUCUCUACGCCUCUGUCCCAGGCUCUGCUCCCACAAGUGGGGCUCUGGGGGAAAAACCUUCAUUCAUUUGCUGGGGCUUGUGGGCUCAACAUGGGAAUUUGGGAGCUUUUUUGUUUGGUUUUUUGGUUGUUUACUUUUUAUUUUUAAGCAAGGCCAGACUUCAAUAUGUAACUCUGUUAUAUAUUGAAACAGAAGUCUGUUUGACACAGAUGUUGCUGUUACCUUCUCUUUGAGCACUUUGGCUGUGCGGCAGAACACCCCACAGUGAAGUAAAUCUUUCCCUUGUCCUCUUCAUCUCAUUAUCGUUUACAAGGUUUGGCGGGUGGUUGGUUACCCUUUAACAGCCCCAGCCCCCAGCAUUGCUCAAACCUCCUGGAUGUAUCUGGGCAGUGCCGACCAACACAGUUUAACAGCAGAAAUCCCAGCCCUGCCAAGUCCCUGCGGAAAAUUCCCUGCGCCUGGGCAGUCAGUGCCCACCAGCCUCUGGGACGCUGCCUGAAACCUCUGUGAGAUGUCCUUCAGGAUUGGGCUGUGCCCUCAGCAUUCAAGGUGGCUUUUUGAUCCCAUACCUUAUCAUGCUGAUUGCUGAGGGGAUGCCGCUGCUGUACUUGGAGCUGGCUGUGGGGCAGCGAAUGCGGCAGGGCAGCAUCGGUGCCUGGAAAAUAAUAAGCCCCUACCUCUGUGGUGUUGGAGUUGCCAGUGUUGUCGUCUCCUUCUUCCUCUCCAUGUACUACAAUGUGAUAAAUGCCUGGGCCUUCUGGUACCUCUUCCACUCCUUCCAGGACCCCCUGCCAUGGGCCACCUGCCCCCUCAACAGCAACCGCACGGGCUACGUGGAGGAGUGCGAGAAGACAUCGUCCACGCAGUACUUCUGGUACCGGCAGACCCUGAACAUCUCUCCGUCGCUGGAGGCCAGCGGGAGCGUGCAGUGGGAGCAGGCGCUGUGCCUGACGCUGGCCUGGCUCGUGGUUUACCUCUGCAUCCUCCGCGGCACCGCCUCCACCGGCAAGGUUGUCUAUGUGACAGCCUCUUUGCCAUACUGUGUUCUCAUCAUAUAUCUCAUCAGAGGAUUAACACUUCAUGGAGCUGUGAAUGGGCUUGUCUACAUGUUCACACCAAAGCUGGAGCAGCUGUCAAACCCCAAGACCUGGAUCAGCGCUGCCACGCAGAUCUUCUUCUCGCUGGGCCUUGGUUUCGGCAGCCUCAUCGCCUUUGCCAGCUACAAUGAGCCCAGCAACAACUGCCAGAGACAUGCCAUCAUCGUGUCCCUCAUCAACAGCACCACCUCCAUAUUUGCCAGCAUUGUCACUUUCUCCAUCUACGGCUUCAAGGCGACCUUUAACUAUGAGAGCUGUAUCAACAAGGUGAUCCUGCUGCUGCUGAAUGCUUUUGACCUGGAGGAAGGCUCUUUAACAGCAGACAACCUCAAUGAGAUGAAAGAUUACCUCAUGACCACCUACCCACAGGAGUAUGCACAAUUAGCACCACAGAUUAAAAACUGCAGCUUGGAAGCUGAGCUAGACACGGCUGUCCAGGGCACGGGACUGGCAUUUAUAGUCUAUUCAGAAGCGAUCAAAAACAUGGAGGUGCCCCAGCUGUACUCUGUGCUCUACUUCUUCAUGCUGCUGAUGCUGGGCAUUGGCAGCAUGCUGGGGAACACGGCUGCCAUCCUCACACCACUGACCGACAGCAAGGUCAUUGCCUCCCGCUUUCCCAAGGAGGUGAUCUCAGGUGUUGUGUGUUUCAUGAAUUGUAUAAUUGGCCUGAUCUUCACCAUGGAGGCUGGAAAUUACUGGUUUGACAUCUUCAAUGACUAUGCAGCCACCCUCUCCCUGCUGCUCAUCGUGCUGGUGGAAACCAUCGCUGUGUGUUACAUCUACGGGAUAAGGAGAUUUGAGAAAGAUCUUUACACCAUGAUUGGACGCAAGCCAAACUGGUAUUGGAAAAUUAUGUGGGCUUUUGUUAGUCCACUGCUCAUUAUAAGCCUAUUUAUUUUUUACCUCACCGACUAUAUCCUCACAGGAACGUUGCAAUACCAAGCAUGGGAUGCCACACAGGGGCAGCUGGUGACCAAGGAUUACCCCGGCUAUGCCCUGGCGGUGAUCGGGCUGCUGGUGGCAGCAUCCACCAUGUGCAUACCCCUGGGAGCACUAGUGACUUUUAUAAGGAAGAGACUGAAGAGGGAACGAGUUUCAACUGUUGCAUGAAAGCUGACAGCUGGACUUGGGAAGACCUUACCCCUGUCACCAGUGACUGGGCACUUCUGGAAGACAGCAGCAACCAUUAUUUGUAGCAGCUAUUUAU